AUGGAAAAUACUUCAAAUCUACAUCAGAGCAUAUUUCUCACAAAAGAUAGUAUCAAUACAUCCUAUUUUAAAGGGAAUUAAAAUAUUCCCAACGCCCAAAGCUUAAACAAUGAGAUGAGAGAGAAGAACUGGAUACCAGAAAUGAAAAUGAUAACAAAAAAACUAAAUGAAGUAAGGUAUGUGAUCAACAACAAAGAAAUGAUGAGUCUGAACCUAGCAUUCUACAGUCCUUUGAUGCUAAACACAGAUGAAAAAAGAAUUGAUUCCUGCAAGUUCAAAUCUGACACUAGAUAGAACUUAAUGGAUAUUGGAAUAAAUACUAUGGAUCUUUAUUUAGAUGAAUCUUAGCCAACAGAGCUCUAGCUUUUGAUGGAAAAAUCUAAGAAGAGUAAUGCAAAUCAUUUAAGUAAUGAAAGUAAUAAUUUCAUCAGUUCCUAACGCAUUCAAUUAGAAUAAAAAAAGAAAGAAGGAUCUUCUCGAAGCAAGUAAGAUAACUCUAACCUAAGUUAUGACAGCCCUGUCUUUGGCUUACUCAAUUAAAACUCAAAUGGAAAGCGUAUCAAUCAAACUCAACAAAACUCUGCUCAGCAAAGUAGAAAAACCACAUAUGGUUCAGCAAUAAACUAUGGAUCUCCAACACCAAAAAAUGGAAAGAUUCCUUGCAAAUAAAGGAUUGGUUCAUCUCUAUCAGUAAAUUAAUAUUCAAAGGAUAACACGGUUGACUCAUUCAGUUCCUAUGCACUCCAAAAUCAGCAGCAAGCUAACUAGAAUAUUCAGAAUAGAGGCUCCAUAAGCAAAGGCAAAUAGUGUUAAAACUUAGGUUAACCAAGUCUAAAUGGAGAUCUAAUAUCCAGAGAUCGUUUGCAGUCUAAAGCUAAGAACUUAAAUGACUAUAAUUCUUAAAGUGCCUAAAAGAAUGCAGCUAUUUUCAGUUCAAUCAGUAAUGGUAGAGGUUGUUAUAUGCAAGAUUAUUCUGAGACUCAAUAGUUUUCGGCUAGAAAGAAGAACAAUAACCUUAAUGCUGAUUCUUCGGGACAAUUAGUAAAAAAUGAGGAUAUAAUGAAGUAGAUAAAGAAUAUCAAGGUAACAUGCAUGGAUGAACUAGCUUAAACUUUAUGCAAUACUAAGCAAGAGUAAAUGAAUGAUAUAUAUGACAAUACAGAGAGGAAUUAAGACACACCAGGCUUUACAGAUAUGAACAUUCAGAAUUAACCCUGUUCAGGCGAAACCUUUAACAACUAUGUUUCUCCUCUCUGUGAAACAAAAACAGAAUAGAACAAUAUUUUCAUGAAUAGUGGAAGCUACUACUCAACAUAUAUGAAUCAUUCACUUAAUUAUCAGAAGAAUAGUCCAACUCUCUUGAAGCAAACUUCCAGCAUGUUUGAUGAGAGGAAAAUGGUUGGAAACUAUUAAAAUAGCGUUAAGUAACAACAUUCCUUCAAUGAUUUUAAUUGCAAUGAGAAAGACUUUAUUCCUGAACUGAAGGAUGAAUUCAUGCUGAAUGGAUAGUGCGGUUUUAGCUACACAUAACAAAAUAACUCACAUUAGGUCAAAUAGGAAGAGUUUGGACAGCAGAGUGUCAGACCAAAUAUUGACCAUAACUAGAACCAGAAGCAAGCUCAAUACUACAGUCAGUUGAAUGUAAUAAAUGAAAUAUUCGACUCAAAUUCACUCACAAAAAGUUAAGUUAAAGAAGAUGAAGAUUUUUUCUAUAAAGGGGCUAAGAGUGAUGUCCAAUUAAACUCUUCACUUGGUAAGAAGGGAGUUAAAUUCUCUGAUAAUGUCCAGAAAUAGAGUUCUCCUAAGAAAGUUGCAUUGUUCAAAUAAAAGCUUCAGUAAAAAAGAAGGAGAAAAUAAGAGAGUAGUAGUGAAUUAAGUGAUAUCCCUUGUAGAGAUACUGUGGACAUAGAGCGAUCUGAAAACAAAAUAAAUGAGGAUAGAAAUAACAAAAAGAGAAUUUAAAAGCAUGAGUAAAAAGCUACAGAUUAAUUAAUAAAGCAUGGGAAAUAAAAUAUGAAUGAUCAGGUUAUGUAAACAUGCGAAUAAAAGUAAAACAGCUAGAAUUAUUCUUAAGAAUCUAGAAGUAAAAAGGAACUCUUAGAUAAAGUUGAUAAAUAUUCAUCUGAACAUUAAUCUAAACAAAAAAAUAAGACUCAAUAGCAAGACACUAAAUCAAACCUCAUCGGAUAAAACCAAAAGACUAAGGCUAAAUAGAUAAGUAAAAUGCUUUAAGCAAUAAUUUAAAUCCAGAAUAUAAACUAUUGUUUUGAAAAAUUGAUAAAAUCAUGCCAACUGGAUUUUCUGAUCUCAACUACUAUCAUCACUGUCCAAACUAUGAAUAACAUUGACUAAAUAAUUAAUGAAAUGCUAAACUCUAGAGAUGAAUAGGUUAAGGAGUAAGUGACAUAGAUUCGAGAUAACAAUCUCUUGAUCAGAGCGAGGAAGCUUGAUGUCUUAUUCAAGUUAAGUGAUAAACUGGUUAACGAGCUCAGAGAAAAACAUGAUUUGCUUGAUGAAUAGCAAUAAAAUGUUACAAAAUCCAAUCAGCAAAUGAAAGCAAUUAGGAAUCAAUUGAACUAGUUAUCAUUAUUAAGAGUAUGCUUAUUGCAUCUAUGGAGCCAAUACAAAUAUAAGGAAAUUUCAAUCAAAUAUGGUCCAAAUGCUACCCUAAAAACUCAUGCUAAUUACCCUAGAAAAUUGUAGCAAACUAUGAAAGAGCUAAAAGAGAAAUAUAAAGUCAAAGAAGAAUAUGAUGAGUAAGUGCUUAAACUUAAUUAAAAGUUUGACACUAUUCUAAAUUAUGAAGAAAAAUUGUAGAUCUUGCAGCAAGAACUAGCAGAGAUACUAACUUUUAUACAUAAAAAUAAUGAGAAAAGUAACUCAAAGAAGCUUGAAUUGCUUAAAUCUUCUCUAAUAAAGUUAGAAAACUUUAUAAGAAAAUGCUAGCUUUAUGGCAAUAAUAGGUUCUCUUCAUAUAAAUAAUCAAACAUCAACCAAAAUAGUGAUUAAAAAAAGGGGUGUAAUAACAAUAAUGAUCGUGAAAAAGGUCAGAAUUAACCUCUGUUAACUAGAUCCUCUUAAUAAGAAAUCCAUAUGACUGAGGCAUCUUUUAUAUUAGAAAUACUGAAGCCUUAAGGCAGCAAAUGUAGUCUAUUAAUUAGUGAUUGCUAUAAAAUUUGA